AGCUCAGAUCUUUCCGGAUGUUGCCUUCCUCCUCCCGACGCCGCGAAGCACGCGAAUGAACCAAGCCCUAUUCCCUGGCAAAGGCAGGGGUUGCGCAAAGGCGAAGGGAAUGAUGAAGCUGUCAGCUUCAAUUGCAGCGACCUGUUGAUUUAUGCGGGGUUCUAACCCAUGAGAAUGGUAUGUCUGGGACUCGGAUCAUCACUCUGGACGAGCUACCCUUGCUCGCACCUUUCCAGUCUACCACCACCCCAUCAUGAAAACUCGCCCUCGUCGUUCCGUCCAGUGUCUUCAUGACGUUUUCGCCUCGCGGAAGACGCGGGAGCUAGUCCCAUCCGCGACAAUUCAUGUCCAAGUUGUUCACUUCUUGGAAAAGCUCGAGAGCUCUGGGUGCUCCUCCCCGAAACCAUCUUCGUGAUCGAGACAGCCACAUGGUCGAAGGCUUCUGAGGCGCGCCCCCAGCCCACGAUCAUCCUUGUAUAUCUGUCACUAGGGCAUCAUCAGAUGGACACCCUGGCUUAUCGUUUCUCGGGGUCCUCGUUCUGAUCAUCAACAAAUAUCAAUCCUCCCGUCUGCGAUCUCGCGCCGGUCUUCAACAUGGGCCUUUUCCCACUCAGCUUUCGCCGCCCGACAUCCAGUACGAGACCAAAAUCCGCCGGAAGCCGGAGCCCAAUUCACAAUGGAGGCAUAUCGGGCGACCCCUUUCACCCCGUCGGGUUUAACCCCCCCAGUGGGAUUCCUCCGGCGCUCAGUCUCGAUAGGAUCCUUGAAGGGGAAACGUGCUCGGUCUGUUUCCAGUGCACUUCCGACCCGACCCGGACUGACAAGUAGCCAGCCAUGUACACUGUGCGACUUCAUGGAUUAUCUCGUCCAUGUUGAGCGGUCCGCGGAGAACCUCCAGUUCUUUCUCUGGUACCGAGACUAUGAGCGACGCUUUGCCGCCGCCACAACGGCCGACCUCUCGCUUGCCCCCGAGUGGACCCAAGAGAUGGAGGACGGGAUCAUCGCACGCCUCAAGAAGGAGCACGCCGACAAGAUACGCAGGGCGUCAAAGGACGCCAGAGCCAAUUUCGGAGGCGCCGACAUUGAGAAGGGCAACGACAAAAGGAACGGGUCCGAGAUGGUGGCGGACAAGUACCAUCAACUAGCAACCCGGGCGUUCGCGUCAGCGGGAGUGAAGGAUCCCCUCAGGAUCCAGCCGUUCCGCAAGGAAGUUGACCGCAUCAUUGCCAACUACAUUAUGGAUGGCGCCCCCCGCCAACUUAACCUCUCAGAACAAGAGCAGAAAACAGUGCUCCAAGCCCUGUCUUACACCACCCACCCGUCCGCCUUCAGGGUGCUCGUCCGCCUGGUCGAGGCCACGCUGCGGGAGCAGGCCCACCCAAACUUCAUCCGGUGGAGCGUCUGCAACGGCAACCCGCUGCGCCUGACCUUUGCGUUAGUGCUGGGCGUAGCAACAGUCCUGGCCGGGGUCGCGGUGGCUGUGAUUUUGACGCUUUCGGGGGCCGGAAGGGGCUACCGCGCGCUGGCGGCGAUCGCCUGGGUAGCCGGGUUCGCGACCGUGAUGGCCGCUCAUAAAGGGAUGUGUCUCAUCCUUCACGGCCUCCACCACCGACACAUCCGUCCCUGGGAACUCUUCGAUUCGGAACCCCGCGAGGACGACAGAGACGGAGACCCUAUCGAUGCCGCCAGCAGGCGCUCGUUGGAUAGGUCUGGGUCUCACGGCAGCUACGAGGAUGAACCGUGGGUGAUCCGGUAUCGGAAACGGCACAUGCUACGCAAGAUCUUCGACCGGGAGGUGCGGAUCGAGGAACCCGCGCUGCGGCGCAUUCAGGAUACCAUCAUUGCGCGAAGCCUUUUGUUUGCCCUCAUCUGCGCCGCCAUUCUAACGGCGGUGUUUGUGGCCGUGCCGAGUGGUGGGUUCUUUUAAUUGCCUGGAGGUAUCAGACCUGCUGCAGUGCCCAAGAUCGAGAAUCUUGUCAUUGCGAUCUGGUCCCGACUUGAUUCCAGCUGUUUUCCCUGAUGUAAUUUGGAGCGGGUGUAUUUCGUGUCUCGGAAGAGCAGCGGCGCGAGUACGUAAUUUGUUUUCUAAAAAAGGAAUCAAAAGAAAAGAGGCACUUCAGCUAGAAAGCGGCCGUUUG